AGCGACGGAGUUUAGACAAGCGGAGGGAGCAAAAUGGCGGACGAAGAUAUUACGCUUGAUGGAAAACCUCUUCAGUCGCUCCGAGUUGCGGAUUUGAAAGCGGCUCUGGAGCAAAGAAACCUCCCAAAAAGCGGACAAAAGAACACACUUAUCAAGCGACUCAAAGGGGCUCUGAUGCUGGAGAACCUACAGAAGACAUCGUCCUCUCACAGUGGGCUGCAGCCCAACUCUCAGAUAGGAGAGGAGAUGUGCCAGAACAGCUUUAUAAAGCAGUACCUGGCCAAGCAGCAAGAGCUCCUUCGGCAGAGACUGGAAAGAGAGGCCCAGCAGGGGCAAGACGCUGAUGAGAGCCCUGCUGUACCCGAGGAGGAUGAAGACCACUCGGAGGACAAUGACAGCUCCUCCUAUGCCUCUGACAAGCCACAUCAGGUUCUGGCCAGGCCUGAGGAGAGAGGAGCAGGAGGCUCAGUGACAGGUCAUGGCACCACCCUUCAUCACCAGGAGGCUCAUGACGCUCCAGGAGCUAGGAUGCAGCGAGCCACCUUUCACCAAGGACACAAGGAGCCACCAGCACCCUCUCCUCCCCGUGCAGUCGCCUCCCUGUCUGUGCGCGUUCUGGGACAGCCCGACUGUCCCCCAGCAGUACCCCCAGCUCAGGAGAAGGAGGGCACCGCACCGAGUGAGCCAGGAUCGGCUCAUUCUGUGCUCCACCUGAGCCGAUCUGCUGGGGGUUCAGCAUCAAGCCAUGUCCAUGAGGACAGCGAUGAAGGUGAUGAUGGUGAUGAUGAGAGUGAUGAUGAUGAGGACUGGGGGCUUGGUCCCGGUGGGGCCCGAAAGGGAAGCAGGGGACCUGCCCCAUCGCAGCAGAUGCCACCCAGUGUCCCAUCAUCAGCUGGAAGAUCCAAACGCAAACUUCAACCUCCGCAGCACAUCCCACCUCCACAGGUACACCACACCCCCAUGCAGCUGCGCCACCCCACACCUCCUCCCUCCCCACCUCCUAAUCUGUUCCCCCUUCCUGACACUCCCAAGCAGAGCCCGCCAGACCCAGAUGACCGUGAAGAAGCUGGACGCGGCCAAAGGGUGGCGUCAUUCCCACCUUCCAAGGUGCAGAGGCAAGACUCUGACUCAAGUUCUCGUUCCAGCAGUCCCGAACCACGCGUGAAACGCGGGACAGGGCCCCUUUCUCUGCUUGUACACAAGAUGGAGUCAGAGGGGGCUGGUAUGUCAGGAGAGACUGCACACUCCACUGCUGAGUCUUCCAGUGAAUCCCCACAGCCAGGACGGGAGACAAAGAUGCAACAAGAGUACAGGAAGAUGGAGGAAGAGAGGCAGCUGAAGGAGAGGGAGGACAAGGAGAGACAGCAGGAGCAGGAGAGAGAAAGAAGGAAGGAAGAAGAACAGGAAAGAGAAAAGAAACGCUUAGAAGAAGAGAAGGAACAGGAGAGGAAACGAAUGGAGGAGGAGCGGAAACAGCGUGAGAAGGAACGAGAAAAAGAGAAAAAAGAGAAGAAACAACAGGAGGAGGAGGAGAAGAGAAGAGAGGAGAAACGGCUAAAGGAGGAGCAGGAAAAGAAACAGAAGACGGCAGAUGAAGACAAGGAGCUGGUGACUAAGGUCCAAGAUUCAGGUUCUUCAUCAGAUUCUGACUCCAAAUCAGACUCGUUGUCACGAUCAUCACAAUCGUCCUCCUCUCAGGAUAAAACACAACCUGCCAGGAAGCUGAAGAAGGUGGACCAAGAAGCUGAUGAUGAGAAAAAAGCUGACCCGAGUAAAGCGGCAGAGACACGACACCUUUCCAAAAGGGAGGUGUCGGAGCCCAGUGCAGCUGCCGUGACAGAGGUGGAACCAGAUUCGGAGAGCUCCAUGGACCAGCAGCCAGCCUCCGGGGCUGAGCCUGAGAACAGUGAGGGCCGCCAUGAGGAGAGCACCACCCCUAAGGCUUUUGCUGCUCGCAAGAUAUCCCUGACCAGCAGUAAGACUUCUCCCGCCACCACAGACGGAGGAGCAGGAGAGACUGAGACGGGAACCGCAGCGGGGAGAAAGAGGCGAUGGGGCUCCAGCACGGCCGUCACUGCUAAGAAGCCCUCCAUCAGCAUUACAACGGACUCCCUGAAGUCUUUGAUCCCAGACAUCAAAGUGAGCCAGGAGGCAGUCGUGGAGCUUCACCCAGAGGAGCUGCAGUUGUCUGGUGAUGAGGAGAACCCGGAUGCCAGCAGGAGCGACCCGGACAAAGGCCUCAAGAUCCGGCGCACCGUCACACAGAUUGUCCCAGGUAGCAGCCAGGAAAAUGGACAGACAAAGGAAGAAGAAGAAGAGGUGGAGAAAAUGGAGACAGAGAAACCACGCCGGACUUCCAGAGACAACAGGAAGAGCAGUCUUUCCGAGGAUGCCCCAGAAACACAGACGUCUGUCAGCCUCGACGGGGAGGCGAAGAAAGGUGAAAUUACCCCCAGCGACAGCCUGGUGCGUCGCUCCAUAAGUCAGCAGAAGUCCGGUGUGUCCGUCACGAUCGACGAUCCCGUCCGCACAACCAGGCAGCCCUCGCCACCUCGUGGAAAAGUGUCAAACAUCAUCCAUGUGACAAACCUGGUGCGACCUUUCACCCUGGGCCAGCUGAAGGAGCUGCUGAACCGUACAGGGAGCGUGGUGGAAGAGGGCUUUUGGAUCGACAAGAUAAAGUCUCACUGCUAUGUCACAUACGCUACAACAGACGAGGCUGUCGCCACCAGAGCUGCCCUCCACGGAGUCAAGUGGCCUACGAGCAAUCCCAAGGUCCUCAGCGUGGACUUCUGUGAGCAGACUGAGCUGGACUUUCACAAAGGUGUCCUGAAGCCAGACAAAGAGGAGGAUCCUGUUCCCCAGCCCGCUGCCCCACCGACCCGGCUGCCCCCUCUGAUGCCUGAGCGAGACAGAGAACGAGACAGAGACAGAGAUAGGGAACGUGAGCGCGAACGCGAGCGGGACAGAGGCGUACGGGAUCUGUGGGCAGAGCGAGAAAGGGAGAUGCAGCGCAGAGAAAGGGCGCGAGGCGAGCGGGAAUGGGACCGGGAUAAGGUGCGGGAAUUUGCACGGCCGGGAGAGGACGGACGACGAUCUAGAUCCAGAGACAGAGACAGGAAGAGGAGAGAGAGGGCCAAGAGCAAGGAGAGGAAGACUGAUAAGAAGGAGAAGGCAGAUGAACCUCCAGCCAAACUGUUAGACGACUUGUUCCUCAAGACCAAAACAGCUCCGUGUAUAUACUGGCUUCCCCUCACCGAGGAGCAGGUGGCGCAGAGGCUUUUGGAUCGCACAGAGCGACAAAAGGAGCGCGAGCGAAGGCAUAAGGAACUGCAAGAGGAGGAGAAGAAACGCGAGGAGGAGAAGGAAAGGCUGAAGGGCCGGGAGAAGGAUGGCAGCGUGGCAACAAGCGGCGGAGCAGCCGGGCGAGGCGCUGACGGAGACAGAGAGCGGGGCCGAGACCGAGAUCGAGACCGUGAGGGGGACAAGAAGAGGGACGGCAGCCACCGGCCCCGACGACCUUCGCCGGGCGCUGCUAGUGGACGCCGGUCUCGUAGUCGGAGCAACCCGAGGGACAGGCGCCGCUGAGGGAUGGACGGAGGCUGCAGGGAAAGCUGGAGAGGGAAGCAGAGUAGCUGAGGACGCAGCAGGCUGGCACUGGCAGGGGUGUUUCGGUGUCUGCUCCUCCCCUACCUGCCCCCACUGCGCUUGAAUUCGUCCACUAUGACGCCAGCGUUGUCUUCCACACACUUCUGCCACCCACCCCACUCCCCAUCUUUUUAACAAAUUCCUUUGCAGAAACGUGACGGUUCAUCCCGCUCCCCUCCUCCUCCUCCUCCUCCUCAGUUCUCUUUCCGUCUUCCAGCAGAACACCGGCUCCUUCCUCCUGUAGAGAGCAGCGUUUCCUCCUCGUCUCUGUUUCAGUGCUGUCGGUUCCCCUUUGGUUGAAGAAAAGAAGAAGGGCGGUUGUUUUCUGGCUCGUCUCUUCAUUUUUUUGUCCCACUGAGGUUUUGGGAGCCCGCCUCUUUAUUUUAGUUCUGCGGGUGCACAGUUCCUUCCUCCUCAGCCCUGUAAUAAAACCAGUCCAAAAUAGAUCCCUGACCUUCACAUAUUUUCUAGGAUCAGUUUUAAUGUUCUCCUCUUCAGCACAAACAUUUUUCUUUCUCUUUGUUUUGUUGUUGUUUUUUUUUAAUGUACCUUUAUGGGCGACCUUUGUUGAUAUAAGUUAAUUUUGUUUUAUUGGAAAUUUGAUGAAUCAUGUUUAUUUCUUCAGCCUUUGAAGGCUUGUUGUGCGAGUGACGUCUCGACACUGCGGCAGUAGUGUUAGAAAGAGAUGUGGCAUUAUGCCUAACUUUGUCCUUUUGUGGGAUGAGGAGAGGAUAUGAAAUACUCCAACGAUUACGGGAAGCUGACCUUCCCUGCACUGAUGUCUAUUUGAAAACGCCUCCUCUGAUCCUUCAAUCUUAUAUUUAAGAGGAGGUGAAAAUAAAUCUUUAUCUUCUAAUAGAGUAAUGGUUAGAAUUUUUAAAUUUUCUUUUUUUAGUUUAAAACUGAUUUUGUUGCUUUUUUCUCCUCCUACAAGUGCUGAAUGUACCGAGAAUUUAAAAAAAAUAUGAAUAAACUUUAAUUGGUUAUCACA